AUUGUGUGUUUUCUGUUUAGAGCACGAGUGCAAACCUGUGAAGCUGCUCUUCAUAUUGGACAGCUCAGAGAGUGUGGGUCUUCACAACUUUGCCCUGGAGAAACAGUUCAUCAUCCACGUCAUAAAUAAGAUCACGAAGUUUGGCAACAAGAAUGAGCGUGGAUCGCGGGUGGGAAUAGUCCAGUACAGUCAUGAAGGAACACAAGAACUGGUGUCUAUGGAUGACCCCACAAUCACCACCCUCUCUGAGCUUAAAAGUGCUGUGAAGAACAUGCGCUGGAUUGCUGGCGGUACUUACACUGGAGAGGCUCUUGACUUUGCCCGAAAGGCGUUUGGAGACGCUCUGCUUUCUCGCAAAGUGGCCAUAGUUCUGACUGAUGGCAGGUCUGAUACACGGGACACUAAACCUUUGUCCUCGUUGUGCAACAUACCCAAUAUCAAGGUGGUGGGUAUUGGUAUCGGGGACAUCUUCCGCAGGCCGCCCUACUACAACAUGCUGCAGGAGGUCACAUGCAUGAACACGCCCAAUCCCGGCGUCUACUUGAAGAUCCCGGAUUAUUCUCAGCUUCUGGAGGAAUCCUUCUUCAACAAUGUCACCAGCUAUAUGUGUCAAGCAGACAGUCCACAGCAGACAUGCAAAGAGUUCAAAGGACCAGCGGAUAUUGUGUUCAUGCUGGAUGGAUCUCUUACUGUGGGUCCAAACAACUUUAAAAACUCCAGAGACUUUGUGGCAAACAUGGCUUCAAGGCUCCUCUCAUCAAAUGCAGCUGGCCUCCGGCGAGUGUCUGUUAUGCAGUAUAGUGAUUCCAGGAGCAGAGUAGAAGUCCCAUUCACCAGUAACAUGAACGACGCAGUAACCAAACUUAAUGAAGUGAGCUUCCUUGGUGGCUCCUCUGAUCUUCCUGCAGCCCUUAACUUUCUGAACAGAGCAGUCCAGAAGGAAUGGCGGGCCAAUGUUUUACGCAAGGUGGUCACCUUUACGGAUGGCAGGUCUGCGUUCGCUACAGGGAACCUGCCGCGAGCUGCAAAAGUUCUACAAGAUGAGGGAAUUGAAGUAUUCGCUCUUACUGUGGGUGACACUUUUGAUGAGACAGGUAUUUGCCAGCUGGUCUCAGGAAAGGAAAGUGGUUUUGACUACAAGUUUGUGGAGAGCCACGUCCACCAGGUGGUGCAGUACAGCGACCUUACAAAGUGGUCAGUCAUGCAAAAAUUAGCUAGGCAGCUAUCCAAAGCCUCGAUUUCCGGAUUAGGUCUAAUCUAAACUAAAAUUUCCUCCAUUAAAAUGGCUGUGUAGUCCAAGACCAUGCUUAAUCCCUGUUUAGGAAACUGAUCUAUGAUCAUCUUUAAUGUAGCAGGGAUGUUAUGACACAAAAUCCCUAAAUUUUUGUCCUUUUUUGUAAUGACAAUUAUUACAAAUCAAACAAGUGCUAAUCAGUGUUUGUAGGUCCUUCAAUUUGACCUAUAUUUGUUGAGUUUUUCUUCUGUGAAAGUUUUUCAACAGGUCCCACAAAUCCCCAGUGUUUUUAAAUCUAGUAGUUAUGUUCUGUUCAUGACAUCUCCUUCACUCCACACUGCUCAACCCUCUACCCAUCGCUGGAUGAUCAGUUUGUUUGUGGUUAUCUAUUAAAAAUCUAGGGAUAAAUCCCUUAAAAUA